UUCUCUGCCUGCCUCCUCCAACCCCGGCCCCUCACUAGAAUUCUUGUCGCAAGCACACACCAUGAUCUGUUACAUGCUGUGGUUAGCGGCAUGCUGCCUCCUCCUCUUGUACAGCGUUCGAUUCAGGUCCGGCUGGAGCCAUGGCAACGGCCCCAGGAGCUACCCCGUGAUUGGGUGCCUGGUCGACUUCUACAAGAACCGGUGGCGGCUGCUGGACUGGUACACUGAGCUGCUGGCGGCGUCGCCGACGCAGACGAUCGUGGUGGACCGGCUGGGCGCCCGGCGCACCGUGGUGACCGCGAACCCCGUGAACGUUGAGCAUAUUCUCAAGAGCAACUUCGGCAACUACCCCAAGGGGAAGCCCUUCACCGACAUCCUCGGCGACCUGCUGGGCACCGGCAUCUUCAACGUCGACGGCGAGCUGUGGUACGCGCAGCGGAAGCUGGUGAGCCACGAGUUCUCGGCGCGCGCGCUCCGGGAGCUGGAGUUCGCCGUGCUCGAGGACGAGGCGCGGGAGCGCCUUGUGCCCGCCCUGGGCCUGGCGGCUGCGCGCGGCGACGUCGUGGACAUGCAGGACCUGCUCCGGCGCUUCUCGUUCGACGUCAUCUGCCGCGUGUCGCUGGGCGUUGACCCCGGGUGCCUGGACCCUGCAUUGCCGGCGCCGAGGCUGGCCGCGGCGUUCGACGCGGCGGCGGGGAUCAUCGCCAGGCGCGGCGCGGCGCCCGUGGCCGCCGUGUGGAAGGCGAAGCGCGCGCUGGACGUGGGCUCGGAGCGGCAGCUGCGCGAGGAGAUCGCGGUCAUCCACGAGGCCGUCAUGGACCUCAUCCACAUCCGCAAGAAGGAGUGCGGGCUGCGGGUCAACGGCGGCGACGGACGGAGGAGCGACCUGCUGUCGCGGAUGAUCGAAUGCGGGUACCCGGACGAGGCGAUCCGCGACAUGGUCAUCAGCUUCAUCAUGGCCGGCCGGGACACCACGUCGUCGGCGCUGACCUGGUUCUUCUGGCUGCUCACCCGCCACCGCGACGUGGAGCGCGAGGUCCUGCGGGAGAUCACAGGCGGCGGCGCGAGCCACGCCGCCGCCGGCGGGCAGGGCAAGAUGCGCGCGCUCCACGCGGCGCUGUGCGAGACGAUGCGGCUGUACCCGCCGGUGGCGUGGGACUCGAAGCACGCGGCGGCGGGCGACGUGCUGCCCGACGGCACCCGCGUGGAGCGCGGCGACCGCGUCACCUACUUCCAGUACGGGAUGGGGCGGAUGGAGUCCAUCUGGGGCGCUGAUGCCGGCGAGUUCAGCCUGCGGCGCUGGCUGUCCAUUAUUCCGGAGGAGAACGCGGCGCCAGCGCCACCCGCCGCGGUGGCCGGCUUGUCGCCGUUCAAGUACCCGGUGUUCCAGGCGGGGCCGCGGACGUGCCUCGGCAAGGAGAUGGCCUUCGUGCAGAUGAAGUUCGUGGCCAGCACCGUGCUCCGGCGGUUCGAGCUCGUCCCCGUGGACGAGGGGCGUGUGCCGGUGUUCCUGCCCCUGAUGACGGCACACAUGGGGGACGGGCUCAACGUGACGGUGAGGAGCAGAUCAGGGGAACACGUUGCCUCUGCUGCGUCGUCUGGGAAUUGAGUAUUAUACCCGGCCUCCUCAUGUAAGUAGUACGACAAAUUAAAACCAGGAUUAUUUAUUUAGUUACUACUACUAUAUGAAAACUGCUUCGUUAUUACUACUAGCUAUGAAAUUCAUGAGGACCACGUACUGUUUUAUUAGCUGCGUAGAUUGCAGACAACAGUGUACACUUUUGUACCAUGUCGAUCAUGAUCAUAUGAAAGAGAUACACAGGAGGAUACAUAUUUGCAGCUAUACGCCCUCGCUCGCAUGUAUAUACACCAAGCUAUUUAUUUCUGUUCACAAACACUCAGUUUGUAUGUAUCUAUCUACUCGUAUAUAUUAAUAUAUAUAAAAAU